UCUGAUUGGCUGACUUCGCCCGGGUGACGCGAACUUGAACUCUGCAGCGGGCGUGGUUUUUCCUGUGAGCUCCGCCCCCUGUCAUGGCUGCGGCUCCUGUUUAGAACUGGAGCCGGGAGAGAAGCGACUGCUCAGCCAGAGCUGCGGCCGCAGCAGUUUAUUCUCAGGACCCGUCUCUGCUCUGUGACAAGCUAAUGGCUUCAUCCACUGCGUUGCCUGUUGGGUUCCACUAUGAAACCAAGUACGUGGUGCUCAGCUAUUUGGGGUUCCCCAUUCAGGAGACCCCCACGUCGGCCCCAGGCGCCCAACAUGCUGCAGUUACUUCCUCCCUCCCCAAGGAGGCGCUAGACCGGCUGAAGGCUGAGAGGGAAGAGGAGAUGCAGAGGCUGGAGGAUGAGAUCUCGACUGCCUUCCCUUCCACCGGCUUUGAUAUGCACACGUCCCCUGUCUUCUACCCGGCCAGCUCUGAGACCUCUAUAGAAGAGUGCCUAUCCCACCUCUGCGAAAAACUCUCCCUGGAGAUCCGGGAGUCGCUGGACAAAGCCUCCGAGAGUCUCCUGAGUGGGACCCUGACGGCCGAGGAAUUCCAGAAGGGAGCGGAGCUCAUUACUGUACUUACCACUGGCUGGAAUAAGGUUCUCGCCCCUCUGGUGCUGCUGCAGCGACUUCUCCUAGAUCUGACGAGACGCGGGCAAUAUCGGCUCGGGACCCUCGUCCAGCUUGGGGUCUCUUAUAUAGAGGAGGUGUCUGCAGACUUUAUUAUCCAGCAUGGAGGAUGGGGCACAGUGUUCAGCUUGGACUCGGAGGAAGAAGACGUCCAGGGUCUCAUUGCUGAGGACAGUAACGACAUCUACAUCCUGACCAGCGAUAACUCGGAGCAAGUGAGCCCCCCGGAGAGCUUGGCCGUCUCCUCGUCUUGGCAAACGGAGAGCUUGCCCACUUCCCUUGGGCCAGAGUCCUGGCAGCAGGUGGUCAUGGACCCCGAAGAACUCAAGAGCUUGGACAGCAACGGGGGCGGAGAAGAGCGGAGUGAAAACAACUCCUCCAAUUCCGACAUUGUCCACGUGGAGAAGGAGGAGAUCGCUGAGGUUAUAGAGGAGGCGUCGGUGGUUGGCCAAGUGGAGGACAUCAUGGUGGAACAUAGAGACGUCCUUCUGACCGACUCUGCUUUCGCCUCCACUAUCUUAGAGACCUCAGAGUCUGCUCUGGUGGAAGAGAGACGCAGCCCGACUCCACCCGCUCCCAAGCCUGAGCCUCCAACAGAGGAGCCCCCCAUACAGGGACAGUUGCAGAAGGAACCCGCGCCCCCCUCCGAGGAGGCAAAAGAAGAGAGCCCCCCGCCAACUCCGUUCGAUACAGGCAAGAUCCCACCUCCCGCGUCCCAGCUUCUGCCUCCAAGUUCUGGAUCGGGAGAAGAGAAGCCGGUUCUGCUCCCCGAGGGGAAGUCGAUCUUGUUAUACGGAGGCGCUGCAGCGGUCGCCAUCUUGGCAGUAGCCGUAGGAAUGGUGGUGGCGCUAAGGAAGAAGUAGCUUGUCGUAGGGCGGGAGACCAUUCUCUUUCCCCUCUGCCUCCAAACCUGUGGUCGGCUCCUUCCUAUACACAAAUAAUUGCUCUUUUCCCAACUGCACCGGCCAGCGGCACUCUCCUAUUAAACAGCCGGGUCUCCGCGAGUAGAGGCCUCUUCUAAUUUGGGGUGGUAAUUCUUAAUCACUAUAGGGGUGCAAAGGCCUCUAUGCUGGAGAUAAUCACUGCACCAGUGAGCCUCAGAUGUAUUGCUUUGGUACCAGUAGCAGUUUUAUACAGCUGUUAUCUGCUUGUGGGCCUUUUAUGCAAAAAAAAAAGUCCAAUGGCAAAAUUUGGGGUACAAUUAAUAAUUCAGGGAGACUUGUUGAAAUGUUUAGGAUGAACUCGGGCAUUUAACCCAUCACCCACCCACCCAAAAAGCUCAGCAGAUCAGAAGAGGCAGUGUAAUCCCAGUAGGGCUGGUACAGAACACUAAAAUGGCACUAAAACUAAACAAAAUAUGGAUUUAGGGGAACACUAAUGAUUGGGCACGUGGAACCCCUCAAACAUGGAAUUUUUUAUUUAAGGAAAAUCCCCCUGGCAUAAAUGGGUGCCAAGCAGCUGCCAGUCUGUAUGCAAUUGCUUCUAUUAAGUGUCAGCGGCAUCAUGUCUGGCAGUUAUGGGCCAUACCCCUAUGCACACACUGAAAAACUGUCAGUCACAGUGAGGGGCGUGGCUGCCGAGUAGGCAGGCCAGUUAAAGGGACGCAGUGAUUUGCCCCUUGUGCUCAUGGGUAGUUUUUGGCCAGCGCUUGACUCCCCAUUGGCUCAUAAAGGAGUCAGGGAAGUUUGUUCAGACUUAAAUUAUAUAUUUUUUUAAAGGGGAAGUUGGCCUGUGACCUAAAAAUCCGAAAGAGAGAGAAGAGCCGCUCCUAUUUGUUUUCCAUUUUGGGUCGGCCAGUAUAUAGGCCCUUAUACUCGCUGCUGUGGCCCCUUGCAACCUGGGGUGCUGUAGCCAAUCAGAGUGCCCAGAGAAAAAUCUCCCAAGGACUUAAAAGAUUUCAUUGUAAAUGUGCCGGCUGAUCCCUGCAGGAAGUUGCAAUAUUUGUGUAGGGCAAUGCCAGGGGCCCCGUUAUCUACUGCCACAUUCUAGUGCCCCCUGCUGGCCAUUGCUCGUAGUUAAUCUGACUGCCCUGGGGCCCCACAAUUCACUACAAAGCUGUGCAGGGGGUGUAACUGUCUCCCCGUGGGGUUCAGUUCUAUUUGUAUCUCUACCGGAUUCAAUUUGUAAUGAGAUGGGUAUUGGGCAUGGAUCACUGCAAACAUUGAUUCACAUAUUAUUUUAUUAAUGACAAAAUAACAAUUGUAUUUUUUUAACCCCUGAGCUGCUGGGUGGGUUUAUUAAGGGACUGAACUGUAGGCACGUCUAGCAGGAAAGGGGGGGGGGGAGGGGUAAAAUGGGCUUAAAAACCUCUGUGCCAUUAACUGUCAUAUAAAUGAUCUUGUCUGGACCUGGAGAUGAUGUGAUCACUUUAUAAAUAUGUUGAUAUUUUCCCCA